AUGGUCCGAUUCUUUUCUUCGAGUUUGACUUUCUCUACUCAUUUAUCCUAUGUUUUGCGAGGCACUCAAAAACACGUUGGGUGGGACAAGAAAUUGCUGAAAGACGGAAUAGAGGCUGCAUUGAAGGACAAGGAGGUCGAGUCGAAGCUUCAAGUUGCGCUUGGGCUUACCGCGUAUAACACGAAGUUCAAGCUACGCGUGCUGGCGACCAGGGCUAUUGCUUCCCCGUCGCGUACUGAUGAUACACCGCAUUUUACUGCACGGAUUUUUGAUGCCCCGGGAAACGGACGAUACCUCGGAUGUAUUCACGCAUACCCAAUUGGUUACUCGAAACAGCCUUCGUUCUAUUAUCCUUCUCAAGACCGAUCUCCAAAAUGGGCUCGGCGCGAGUUUGUAGCGUUGCGCCAUAGAAUUGAACGUAUUUGA